CUCUUUGUACUUCCCCUCUUGAGAGGUUAGAGGUAACAGGAGCGUACAAAAAGAGAGGCGUUAGUGGAGAGGGAGAGCAGUCACGAUGGCUUGUGUCAGCAGAUCUGUUCCAGUGAGGGAGCGCUGCUGGGUCUCCUCAUUCCUCCCAACCAGAAUGGUUGAGCCAAGCCCUAAAGCAUUGCACCUCCUCUCAGGUGGGGAUGUCAACAUGGCCUGUGUCGGAGUCAAAGUAGAACAAGAGGAGUCCUGCGGAGGAGUUGGAGUCAUUACCAAUGCUGAGCCUCCUAAGAGGUCUCCGUCACGUGAUUGGUCGGGAAAUCAUCCACUGGAAGCCCGCCAAUUGACGCCACCGCUCUCCCGCUCCCCCUCGGAGGGCUCUCCAGGUAAAGAGCUGCCUCACAGGCUGAGCCCACUGGGACUGAAGGAAGCCAGGACACAUGGUAGAGCUGAGGGACACUCCAGCUUCAAGGAAGUAAUGCCGACCAUUGAGAAGCUGCUGAAUGCUGACUGGAAGGAGAAACUUCUGGAUAAAAGCUCAGUGGGAGCAGGACAACUGAAAGGUACCCCCGAGGCUCUGGCAGAGAAGGAGCUCCAGUUGCUGAUGAUGAUCAACCAGCUGAGCGGUCUGAGAGAGCAGCUCCUGGGAGCGCACUCUGAGCAGAGGAACAUGGCCGCCCUGCUGCUGGAGAAACAGCAGCAGCAGAUGGAGCUGGCUCGACAACAGCAGGAACAGAUUGCCAAGCAGCAGCAGCAGCUGAUCCAGCAGCAGCACAAGAUCAACCUUCUUCAGCAGCAGAUCCAGGUCAGCCAUCAGGUGAACAUGCCCUACGUGAUGAUCCCGGCUUUCCACCCCAACGCACAGUCCCUCCAGGUCUCCUCUGACCAACAGAUGACUUUACCUCUGCAGCCAAUCCCCUGCAAACCAGCAGUGGACUAUCCCAUGCAGCUGCUGCCAAACCCUCACGCCCCCCCCACCAAGAGGAGCAGUGGUUCCUUCCGACAGGAAGCCAGUCAGCCCUUGAACCUGACCUCCAAGCCCAAGGGUCAUGAUCUGGGGAAAACCCAGAGUCCACUGGGUCUGGAGCUGGGGCUGCAUGGAGCGUACCGGCACCGAGACGUCCAGAGAGAAACGACCAGAAGCCCCCAACGAACCACACUCAGUUUCCUUGGAGACGGAGACGUUGUCACCCAGGCGAUCCACGACGCCCAGCAGCUCCUGAGAGGCCACGGCAGCCGAGAGAGGGACAUGGAGAGAGAGAGGGAUGUGGGAGCCAAGAUGGAGUAUAAGGAAUCUCCUCGGAGCGAGAGGAUUUCUCAUGUGGAGAGAGGAGGUGAGGAGCACCUCAGCAGUGAUUCUGAGGGGGCCCUUCCCAACUCUGUCCCAGGAAACUACACUGAGACCCGCCCCCCCCCCACCUCCGCACACAUCAAGAGACCCAUGAACGCCUUCAUGGUUUGGGCCAAGGACGAGCGGCGGAGGAUCUUGCAAGCGUUCCCCGACAUGCACAACUCCUCCAUCAGCAAGAUCCUGGGCUCCAGGUGGAAGGGCAUGUCCAACCAGGAGAAGCAGCCUUACUACGAGGAGCAGGCGAGGCUGAGCCGGCAGCACCUGGAGCGUUACCCCGACUAUAAGUACAAACCCCGGCCCAAACGCACCUGCAUCGUGGAGGGGCGGAGGCUGAGGGUGGGCGAGUACAAGGCCAUGAUGAAGAACCGCAGACAGGAGCAGAGAGCCACCUACACACACAGUCAAACGGACCCUCAGCAGCUCCACUACCCUCACAGCGAGGGUCCGUACCCGGGCGCUACCGGCUCAGUUUCGGUGGCGAACCUCUCCUUUCACCCCGCGCUGCUGGAGCAUUACCUGCCGCAACCCCCGCCCACUCUGCGCCGAGCCGAGGGCCAGGCCACGCCCACUUCCCUGCCCAGAGAGAGGGAGAGGGAGAGAGAGAGGGAAAGACCUCCGUACAGCGAGGGGGAGGAGAGCGAUGGAGGGGAGAGGAGUGAGGGGGAACUGGUGCUCCUCACAGACUGAAAUGGGUGAGAUGGAGGUGAGGGAUGAGAGGGGGGGAGGAAGGGUGAUCUUCUGUCAGAGAAGAAGAAGAAAGGAGAAGAGCUAUUGAAAAGUGAAGACACGUCAUUGUCACACCCUUGUAAAGUAAUUGUUUUAGUGACCUACACACACACAAAAAGGCAAGCUCUUAUCAUUUCCCUUCAUUGACAUGUCAUCGGUUACUUUGUUUCGUCAUAUUUGAAGGUAUAAUGUAGAAAGUUUAUCCUUUAAUCCCCUUAGCUUCUUGUUUUCCUCCCCGUGUUGACUUGUUUGCAUUCAUCGGAGGAGAGGCUUACUAGCAUCCCUGUUUUCACCUGCUAGAUUUGUAAUAUGUCCGUGCUGCCCCCUGCUGGUGAAUGCCGAUUAUUACAUAAUGUAAACACCCCAGAGGAGUAGCAUUUAACAAAUGUAAGGCAUAGGGCAGGUUGUGUGGAUAAUAAGCUAAAUCUAAUUUAAAAGUGAAGAUUAAAGGAGAACAAUUAACAGAUUAAAGGUGUUUUUCAGCUAUUUAGUAUUGCACUUCUAUAAGAAAUUGGGGGAACAAGUUUUAAUUUCCAAACAUUUUACAACACAAGACAUUUGACUAAGUCAUCUUGGGGCUUUGUUUGACAUUUCUUACCGUUUUCUGACAUUUUUCAGACAAAAAACGAAUAAUGGGCUGAUUCAUUGACAACAAUUACGAAAAAUAAUUGUAAAUUGCAGCACUAGCAGCUGUCAAUCAUUGCUUUACAGUCGGAUAGAAAUCUGUGUGGUAAAUGUUCCAGUCAAGGCAAGGCAAAGUUUAUUUGUAUAGCACAUUUCAUCAGGUUUAAAAAAAAAUGCAUUCAACCAGGAAGAAAAGCAGAAUUCAAUUAUUAAAAUGCUAAUUUAAAGAAUACAAACUUAUUAAAAUAACAGGAUAAGUGAGGGAUCUAACACUGCAACCAAUGGUUUACAAUCAGACGGCCAAUUUUAAAAGUGUCCUUUCCAGAUAAAGUACACAAACGAUCAAUUUAACCCUCCUCUUCCUCAUUUUCCCACAUCAUGCUGUUCAGUUUCGCUGUAUCUGCUGUAUUUGUGUUUCCAUCAGUUGAACUCAGCCUCACCUGUUUUUUUUUUUAUACCUCUAUGUUUGCUUCUUUGAGUGUUAAUUGAUUGUCGUGUUGAGCACCUCCUAUCUGUCUCUCCGAAUGUCAGGUGUUUGUUUUUUGCCACUUUUGAGAUGCAGCACUGCAGAAAAUAUCCACAUACUAUACAGAUAUAAAUGUUGUAUGUGGGUAUUUUCGUCAUGUUCUUGGUACUAUAGCGCAUCAGGAAUUGUUCCAAGAUGUUUCACGGGAAAUAUUUAAAACAAAAUUAUAAUUUCUUGCAGUGACAGAUCAAUCGGCCUCCUGUUAGAUUAAGGUGAAGCUCCAUCUGUUGUCUUCUUAAUUCAUCUUUAAUUUUCCUGUUCGACAGAGAUCUAACCAUAUGUCACAUGUUGUUCAUUGUUAGGAUGUAGCCUAACUAGCUAGAGUGGCUACAAAGACAGGGAAAAAAGGUCAAUUCAUGGUUAUGAGUUGUUGACAGUGCUACCCAAAGUGAAAGGAUUGGAAAUAGAAGCAGGAGUUUUGGGUGGCUGACACAAUGUUUAACUUAAUGAGAACACCAACACCAAAAUCAUCCAUGUAGUACAUUGUUAGCUAUGAUGCUACGAGCUAACAUUUUAGCUUGCUGAGGGAUGUUAGGCCCUAUGUUAGCACUUAGCAUACACUAUGGUAUUUUAUAGCAAUUACUGAUGGUUGGAAUCAGUGUAUUGAUGUUCAUUGUCUUAAAAGUAUGCUAAAAACUUUUGUUGCUAAAGCAUACAAGUUUGUAAAAGUAGGCUUAGGGAAUGUAAUCGCAAGCAGUAAAAAAGUCAGGCUAGCUAAAAACGAACAGUCAUUACAAUUAUGCUACUGUUUAAAAUCCACCAUCCUAAGUGACUUAAGGAUCCAAAUAGACUGAUUUAGUUUACCUACAAGCUUUAGGGUUGAAAUAAAUCUUACAUGAACUGUAGCUUCUAUUGUGUUAUGAAAAUAUCACAGUUUAACCUAAAUGUAAGAUGUAAAAAAGUGUUAAUGACUAGCUAGCAUCUGCUUGACCUCUUUCCAUUUCAUGUGAGGACGUUUUGGAGACUGUUUUAUCCUAAAAUCAUUGUUGUAAGACAUACAAAUAAGGACCAGGAAUAAACUAACAUCAUUAUCUUCACUAUGUCUAGCUAGUAGCAUGUUGCCAUUAGCCUGUAGAGCUACUUUGCCUAGCUCUUCUGAGCACAUGGCUAGUUUUGGUGUCUUUGUUCUCAUCACGCCAUAACCACAAUGACCAAUACAACCAUUUAAAUCAAACUAGUGUCUAAAUAGCACUGGGUCAAUCCACCUUUAGCUAACUAGCUAACCGCAAGGAUGACAAAUCAAAAUGGAGGGAAAAGAUACAUUUCAGACAUCAGGGUUUGGGGUUCAGGACUGUGUAAAGAUGCUGGAUUUUGUGCAGAGAUGGAUAUCAGAGGACAAAUGUUUAUCUUAUUUUAGUGGAGAUAUGCUGAGGAGUCACCUGUCUUUACCCCUGCUGAUGUAAAUAUAGAAAGAGACUUUAUUUUGUUUAUAAGAGCCUGUGUAAUUUAAAGGUGUACGUUUCUUUAUGUUUUCAGAGUUUUGUGUUGUAUUUUUUUUUCUUUCUUGAAAGACAAUAAAUUGGUUGUGCUAAA